UAAACACACUGACCGGUGGAAAGCUAUCCAAAGAUGAAGCAGUACUUGAAAAUUGCAGCAGUCAUCUUAGCUUGUUCUGUCCUGCUGACUCAGACUCACUGUGCUGCGUUGCAUCCACAAAGCUCUCAGCUAACCAGGCUUAAGAGAAUGACACCUUUCUGGAGAGGCGUCACAAGGCCAGUUGGAGCCCCAUGCAGGGAUGACAGUGAAUGCUUCAGCAGACUAUGCAGGAGUAAACGCUGUUCUGUAACAAUAUCAGAAGAAUGA